GUUGCUGUUUCAGAAGAAAGAGAAAAGGCUUCCCUUGUGCACUGGCCUCCCAGCCCCUGUGACGACUCCUGGCAGAAAACUUGAAAUCUGAGUUUAGCAAGCUAGAAUCAGCAGGGGUGGGGGAUCCUGGCAGAUGUGGGGUGUAGAAGAGGAGGGGAGAUAAUGGGGCCUCUGGCCAUUGCUCCAGGGCUUUGUAAGACUCUUUCUCAUGUAAUUGUGUUCCUGUGACUUGUGUCUAUUUGCUGUUCUCUCUCCAACGGGGCAUGGGCUGGCUGUGGAAGACAUGGAAGCCGGGCGUGCGGCCGGACAUCGCCCCUGUUGCUUAUUUCUUUCUCACCUUGAGUGGCUUCUUCUUGUUUGCCUGUUUCCUGGCCUGCUUUCUGGAAUGGGGGCUCCGAUCAAUGCAGACUGAGAUCCCGGAGCCCUCAGGCAAUGCGCGGGACAACGAAGCCUUUGAAGUGCCAACCUAUGACAACGCGGUGGUCGUGUUGGAGCCACAGUUAUACCCACAAGCGCUGGACCAACCACCUCCCUACAGCAGUGUUGCAAUCUCUCCAGGACCUGACGAAGGCCAGCCUAGCCAAGCAGAGGGGCCCAGGAGAGUGGGCUCAGAGGGGUCUAUGACCCAGGGAGGAAGCCCUGGGAGAGCUCCAGUUAGCCUUCGGCUCCGGGCACCACGGGCUGUGUCCACUGCACCUGAGCUGCAGAGUUUGGGGGCCCCUUCCAAAUUGGAGCCUCUUACUCCACCCCCUGCCUAUGAUGUCUACUUUGGCCAGCCUAACGAUGAUGACGUUUUUGGUGAAAACAACUGGACACCCCCCUAAACGGCUGUCCCAGGAUUUAUCAUAUGUCCACACCAGACCAUGCAUUCAUUUGACCAGGAUUGCCCAGUCCCUACUGUGUGUCAAGAACUGUGUUUCUGCCUGGACAUUAUAAUUGGGGACUUGAACCUAGACAGAAGGCAGGCCCUGGUAAGCCAUUCCCAGUUGAGAUGUGGGUGGCACAGUUUGAAUCUUUUUGGAAAGUAUUCAGAGAUCCAGUAUUUCUAGAGUUAGCUUGAGGGUGAGUGGGGAUCUGAUCCAGAGAAGCUGGAAGAGCAAGAAAAGAAGUAACUCAGAACAGCUGCUUCUGUUCCACAUGCUUUGCCCGUUAGUUCCCUUAGGCUCCUCAGCCUUGUGGGGUUUUAGUACCUUCAGUGGAAAAUGAGGAUUCUAAGCAUCAGAGGAGUUUGAUAACUUGCACAAGGGCACACUGCUAGUAAAUAGCAUAAAAACAACUUGAAUGAACUCCUGAUUUCAAAGCCUACUGUUUUCGAUACAAGGUAACAAAAAACCAGGACCCCCUCAAUCCCUGUGUUGGGACAACUGCUGGCCAGGAGUGAAGUCAUAUACACAGAAUGGAGGACCAGACAGGUAGGGCCUGACAGACAGGCAGGGCCCAACGUGACCAGGAGUGCCCCUAGCCGCCUCGAGGAGCAAAGCUAAUCAGAGCCCUGGCAGUCCAUGCUGUGUGUGGACAGCAGUUACCGUGUUUCUCCCCUGCCCAGGGGAGACAGAGGGUGUCCAUCCCAUCUGAAAGCAGUGGAGUUAACUGUCCCGGGGAGAAGGACUUUGAGUUUUGACAAUGGGUGUAUAUGACCAUCAGAAAGUAUAAAACAUAAGUUUCUCAGGGAAGGGGAAGGUGCAGUAUCUAAGAGAUUCCCUCUUGAAUCAUUGAUUACGAAGCCCUGGGGCCAUCUGAAGUGUCUCUAAUUGCUUCAGCCUGCCCUGUGCCCUCCUCGCGAGGAUUUCACGCCAGCGCCCUGACCUGAGUCCUCAGAUAGCAAAACUUGAAACCAGAUUUUCCGGAAUUAGGUGCUGCGCCUGUGGUAUAGGUUUUGGCCACUGAGAGAGGUUAAAGCAUCGCCGAGCCCUGCACUCCCCACGCAAGCCUUCGUCCAUUACGCUUACAUUUGUC